AUGUUCCGCAGCGGCUGCUCUGGAAACUUCUCUUCCCGCUCCCUUGGGAGCUACCAGUGCCACCCAGGCUCCUGUGGCUCUUCCCACCCCAGCAACCUGGUCUACAGCACCGAGCUCUGCUCCCCCAGCCCCUGCCCGCAGGGCUCCUCUCUCCGCAGUGGCCGCCAGGAGACCUGCUGGGAGCCUCCCAGGUGCAAGGAGAUCUGCUGCAAACCCCCCAGCCCCCAGGAGAUCUGCUGCAAACCCCCCAGCCGCCAGGAGAUCUGCUGCAAACCCCCCAGCCGCCAGGAGAUCUGCUGCAAACCCCCCAGCCCCCAGGAGAUCUGCUGCAAACCCCCCAGCCGCCAGGAGAUCUGCUGCAAACCCCCCAGCCGCCAGGAGAUCUGCUGCAAACCCCCCAGCCCCCAGGAGAUCUGCUGCAAACCCCCCAGCCGCCAGGAGAUCUGCUGCAAACCCCCCAGCCGCCAGGAGAUCUGCUGCAAACCCCCCAGCCCCCAGGAGAUCUGCUGCAAACCCCCCAGCCGCCAGGAGAUCUGCUGCAAACCCCCCAGCCGCCAGGAGAUCUGCUGCAAACCCCCCAGCCGCCAGGAGACCAGCUGUAAACCCCGAAGCUGCCAGACGUCCUGCUGCGGCCCGAGGGCCCCCAAGCCCUGCAGUCCUGGGGCUCUGGGCUGUCUGCGCGUUUUCCCACCGUCAGGCCGGCAGGAUGCGACCGCUGAGAGUCUGCCCACAACGGAGCAACAUUCUCGCUGUGUUUCCAGUGGGGACGCCUUAUGCUGA